AUGCGCGAUUAUCCCUCAGUGCCAAAUGUUUUUCGUGUGGCAUCCUCGCACAGUGUUGACACAGAUCCAGCGACUGUAGUCGGUGCCAAUGGCAACGGUGAUAUAAAAACGGCAAAUGCUAAUUUUUCCACAAGCCAGUUAAGGCAACACAAACAAAAACAACAGCAGCAACAAAAUGGCAAUAUUAGUGGUCACCAGCAGCCAUUAGUUAAAUCCAGUCAGCAUUCCUCGACGGCAGUAAUAACAGCAUCAUCAACAUCAUCGACAGCAGCAGCCGUUUCAAAUCAUGCCACAAUUUCAGUGGCUGGGACACCGGCAACAACGACAUUAUCUUCGUCGGCGUUAUUAUCAACAUCUUCAUCAAGUCUAUUGAAAACAUUUGCUGCUGCAACUAAACCAAACGAUGAUUCCCAACAACAACAACGUCUGCAGCAACAACAAUACAAACAUACGGCACAUGCUUCGAUAGAGAAACCAUCCGUUGGUAGUGGUCUACUGGGCACGUCACAAUUGUAUCAGCAUUCACCCUAUGCCACAUUGCCAAGGAAUCCCAUUAAUAUUUCGCAAUCGUCUUUGUCACUGCACUCGGUGGCAACGAAUGGCGGUGACAUCUAUGCUCGACAGCAACAACAUCAGAAUCAUAAUAAUUCUUUGAAUUCGAACAACAAACAAAAUUCAAUUGGCAACAGCAAUACAAAUAUUGCAACAACAUCGACAACUGUGGGCUCUGGCAACAAAAAUACCUCGGAGAAUAAAAGCAAUACUCUCGACGCCACUAAUGAGAAUAAAAUGAUGGGUGUUAUAAAUACAAUUUCCGGUAGUAUACCAUCGACAGGGUUUCCAGCCAUCGACCAUGGCAACGCCAAUCCCGGCCUAACCCAUAUAAGUGUGAAUGCACGUACCGUGUCGGUGGCCAGUGAUCUAAAUGCCAGCAUGAAUAAUUCAUGUACUAAUCUCAGUAAAUUGAAUGGUCUUUCACAGCAUCAGCAGCAGCAACAACAAAGACAUCUACAACAACAGCAACAGAAAAUAUUGCAACAGCAAUCAACAGCCAUGCCAACUCACCACCAGCAACGUGACUUCAGACAAGUUCCACCACAACUACCAACAACAAUCUCCAACAUGGAAGAAUUUACACCCUACCGACGGACCGUGGUAACGCCCUGUACCUCUGCCAUGGAACGUAAUACUGGUGGAUAUUUAUGGAUUAUAACACCUGUUGCUGCCAGCAUUUCUGUGGCAAUUGUCAUUGCUGCACUGGCCGGACCUCAGUGGCUCUUUACGGAAGAAAAACAACCGAAUACCAAUUACAAUGGUACCGCUAACUUUAAUGUCCUGGAUGAUGGUGCCUUUAUUACGCGUUACACUAAAUCAAGUCUUUGGAUUAUCUGUUCAACAGUUCAGG